CAAAAAGUGAAUCAAAAUGGCUCUUUCCAAGAUUUCACUAGCCAUUGUUUUCUUCAUGGCCUUGACCAUGGCCCACCACUCCCUAGCCCAAAAUUCCCCACAAGACUUCCUUGCAGCGCACAAUGUUGUUCGAGCUCAAAUCGGAAUCAAGCCUCUUGCAUGGAACAACACCGUAGCCGCCUAUGCUGAGAACUAUGCUAAAUUGAGGAGUGCUGACUGCAACUUGCAACAUUCAAAAGGCCCAUACGGGGAAAACAUUGCAGAGGGCUCAGGUGAAUUUACAGCGGUGGAUGCGGUGAAGAUGUGGGCGGACGAGAAACCAAAGUAUGACCACAAUUCGAAUUCAUGUGUUGGAGGAGACACUGCAGGAUGCCUACAUUACACUCAAAUUGUUUGGCGCAACACAGCACAAAUUGGUUGUGCUAGAGUUCAGUGUCAGAAUGAAUGGUGGUUUGUCACUUGUAACUAUUAUCCACCGGGAAAUUAUGUGGGUCAACGUCCUUACUAA